UUGACCCGAACUGGUGCUCGGAUGGUGUCGUAUCCCGAGUCAGUGAUGUGUCUCCGGACUUUGUGUUUUGUUUUGACCGCUGCCUGCUUUGUGAUGAGCUGUCAUCGAGCGACUGGAGAGAUUUGUCCAAGCAAGGACAUCCGGAACAAUGUGACCAAGCUCCAGACGCUCGAGAACUGCACUGUGAUCGAAGGCCACCUGAAGAUCUUACUCAUGUUCAGGACCAAGCCAGAGGAUUUCCGGGGCCUCAGUUUUCCCAAGCUGACAGUGGUCACAGACUAUCUGUUGCUCUUCAGGGUUUAUGGCCUGGAAAGUCUCAGCGAUCUCUUCCCCAACCUAACAGUCAUCAGAGGCAACAACUUAUUCUUCAACUAUGCCCUAGUGGUGUUUGAGAUGCUCCAGCUGCGAGAGAUCGGCCUCCAAAGCUUGAUGAACAUCACCCGAGGAGCAGUGAGAAUUGAGAAGAACCCAGAUCUCUGCUAUCUCUCCACUCUGGACUGGUCCAAGAUCCUGGACUCAGUAGAGGACAACUACAUCAUGGCCAACAAGAACGACAGAGAGUGUGGAGACGUGUGCCCAGGGGCAGCCAUCGGAAAGACCACCUGUCAGACAACAACCAUCAACGGACACUUCAGCGAACGCUGCUGGACGCAGAAUCACUGUCAAAGAAUGUGUCCUGUUCAGUGCAAACACCGGGCCUGCACCAAGGAUGACCAGUGCUGCCACGACCAGUGCCUGGGCGGCUGCCUGAAGCCCAACUCAGCCAGUCACUGCGUGGCCUGCCGCGGCCUCCAGCACGAGGGUAACUGUGUGGAGCGAUGCCCCGAAAACCACUUCACCUACAAGGGCUGGCGCUGCGUGUCCUUCGCCUUUUGCCAGGAUCUUCACAAUAGAUGCAAGCGGGAGAAGGAACGCAGCAAGAGCCCCGACUGCCACGAGUACGUAAUCCACAACGGUGCCUGCAUCCCUGAGUGUCCCUCCGGCUACACGACCGUCAACUCCUCCUCCCUCAACUGCACUCCCUGUGCAGGGCUCUGUCCUAAGGUGUGUAUGGGCCUGAAAACGGUGGACUCUGUCACUGCUGCCCAGGCUUUGAGAGGCUGCACUGUUCUCAAUGGGAGCCUGGUCAUCAACCUGCGUGGAGGAAACAACAUAGCAGCUGAACUGGAGGCCAGCUUGGGCCAGCUGGAGGAGAUCACUGGCUACCUGACAGUGCGACGUUCCUACGCCCUUGUGUCCCUCUCGUUUUUCCGCAAACUCCAUGUUAUUCGUGGAGAGGAACAGGAAAUCGGGAAUUACUCGUUUUAUGCCCUGGACAACCAGAACCUGCGGCAGCUCUGGGACUGGUCCAAACACAAGCUCACCAUCCUACAGGGGCGCAUGUUUUUCCACUACAACUCCAAACUCUGUAUGUCUGAGAUUCGCAAGAUGGAAGCUGUCACGGGAACCAAAGAGCGGCAGGUGAAGAACGACAUCGCCUCCAAGACCAACGGAGACCAGGCCUCGUGCGAGAACCACGUGUUGAAGUUUACCCAGAUCCGAACCAUGAGCGAUAAAAUAAUGGUCAAGUGGGAACCCUUCUGGCCUCCAGACUUCAGAGACCUGCUGGGGUUCAUGGUGCUUUACAAAGAAGCACCUUUUCAGAACGUAACCGAGUUUGAUGGGCAGGAUGCCUGCGGCUCCAAUAGCUGGGUGAUCGCUGAUGUGGACCCUCCACGUCGAGCCACAGAGGGGGACAAAGAGCAGUUUGAACCGGGUCAUCUCAUCCUGCCGCUGAAGCCCUGGACACAGUACGCCAUAAUGGUGAAAACCCAGCUCUCAGCCUCCGAUGAGCACCAGGUCCACGGAGCCAAGAGCGAGAUCAUCUAUGUUCGCACCAACGCCACCAAACCCUCGGUCCCGCUGGACCCCAUUUCCUCGUCCAACUCUUCCUCCCAGAUCAUCCUCAAGUGGAAACCUCCCAAUGACCCCAACGGUAACAUCACUCACUAUCUGGUCUUCUGCCAACGCCAGCCUGAAGCCAGCGAGCUCUACAAGUUUGACUACUGUCAAAAGGGGAUGAAGUUGCCAUCACGGGUGCCAACUCAGGUGGACAGUGACGAGGAGCAGAAGUGGAACCAGACAGAGGAGCAGGGCCAGGGUACACGAUGCUGCGCCUGCCCCAAAACCGACAAGGAGCUCAAGAAAGAGAAAGAGGAUUCAGAGUACCGCAAAACCUUUGAGAAUUACCUACACAAUGAAGUCUUCGAGAUCAAACGCUCACGACAGCGACGCUCUGUGAUGGGCGUUGCCAACCGCACGCACCCCUUCCACACCACCGCCCCAAGCCCGCCAGAGGGGACACAGAUCCCUGACGACGAGGACGAGGACACCUUCGAAAGCACCAAGACAGUGGUCACCGUCCACGCCAAAGAGUCCACUGUCAUCUCCAACCUGCGGCACUUCACCAGCUACCAGAUCGAGAUCCAUGCCUGCAACCACCCGACCGACCCGGCCCGCUGCAGCAUGGCAGCGUAUGUCAGCGCCCGCACAAUGCCCGAAGACAAAGCUGAUGACAUCGUGGGUCCAAUCAGUUACGAGGUGACGGAAAAUACAGUGCACAUCACGUGGCAGGAGCCCGUAGCCCCUAAUGGUAUGAUCAUCCUGUACGAGGUCAACUACAAGAGACUGGGAGACACCGAGGAGUUGCACUACUGCGUGUCGAGGAACAUGUACAAAGUGAGCCGCGGCUGCAAGCUGAAAGUGAUGCAUCCUGGGAACUACACGGUGAGGAUCCGGGCCACAUCGCUGGCUGGGAACGGAUCCUGGACCGAGCCGACAUACUUUUACGUCCAGGACGCAAGCGAUCCUCUCUACAUUGUAAAGAUCGUCAUUGGGCCGGUCAUCUGCUUCGUCCUGCUGCUGUUUGUGUCCGUGGCAGGAUUCGUCAUGUUCAAGAAGAAUCAAACUCAAGGGCCAAGUGGUCCCAUCUACGCCUCUUCAAACCCAGAGUAUCUCAGUGCUAAUGACGUGUACGAGGAGGACGAGUGGGAGGUGGCCAGAGAGAAGAUCAACAUUUUGAGGGAACUGGGUCAGGGCUCCUUCGGCAUGGUCUAUGAGGGCAUCGCCAAGGACAUCAUCAAGGGCGAGGUGGACACGCACGUAGCCGUGAAGACGGUGAACGAGUCGGCCAGCCUGAGGGAGAGAAUCGAGUUCCUGAACGAGGCCUCGGUCAUGAAGGCCUUCAGCUGCCACCAUGUGGUGCGUCUGCUGGGUGUCGUGUCUAAGGGCCAGCCCACCCUGGUGGUGAUGGAGCUGAUGACCCACGGAGACCUGAAGAGCUACCUGCGCUCUCUGCGACCUGACGCUGAGAACAACCCCGGGCGUCCACCGCCCACUCUGAAGGAGAUGAUCCAAAUGGCUGCUGAGAUUGCGGACGGCAUGGCUUACCUUAACGCCAAGAAGUUUGUCCACAGGGACCUGGCAGCCAGAAACUGCAUGGUCGCUCACGAUCUCACCGUCAAAAUAGGAGACUUUGGUAUGACGAGAGACAUCUACGAGACCGACUACUACCGGAAAGGAGGGAAGGGCCUUCUGCCCGUCAGGUGGAUGGCACCUGAGUCUCUGAAGGACGGAGUCUUCACUGCUCAUUCAGACUGCUGGUCGUUUGGGGUUGUGCUGUGGGAGAUCAGCACGCUGGCCGAGCAGCCGUACCAGGGCUUGUCCAACGAGCAGGUCCUCAAGUUUGUCAUGGACGGGGGCUACCUGGACCGACCGGACAACUGCGCUGACAGAUUACACAAUCUGAUGCAGAUGUGUUGGCAGUACAACCCCAAGAUGCGUCCCACCUUCCAGGAGAUCAUCGAGAUGCUGCGCGAGGACCUGCAUCCUUCCUUCCAGGAGGUCUCCUUCUUCUACAGUGAGGAGAACAAGCCGCCUGAGAGCGAAGAUUUUGACCUGGACAUGGAAAACAUGGAGAGCAUCCCGCUGGACCCGUCGUCCUACUCGCAGAGGGAGCAGUGUUUGGACAGGGACGAGGCCUCCUCCAUGGGCCUGAGGGGCAGUUACGAGGAGCACCACAUCCCAUUCACACACAUGAACGGGGGAAAGACCAAUGGACGAAUACUGGCCCUACCGCGGUCCAGCCCCUCCUAACAUACUGCACACAUCCCACGCAAACACAUUGAUACUAUAGAUUUGAAUAUAUUUUUGUCUUUGUUGUCAUUUUAUAUAGAUCACACUUUUAUCACACUCUCUUCAGAAGCCCCUCAGUGCAAAUCUCAGGACCUUAUUUUUCUCCUCAGAUGCCACAAACACACACUACAGUAAGUCCCUUCACGGACGCCAGAAGACACUUUUUUGUAUUUAAGGAUGAAUCUCCUGCGUCUCUCUUGUUAAUGAUUGUAGUUUAUAUACUGUAUAUAUAUUGCCAAGUUUGUGCUAGACUGGGUGGAUAAUGGAUUCAACUGUGAAACAAACUCUUGACAAACAAGAAGGCUGCUAAACCCACUGUCCCUCCCUAAAUCCAGACUGUGUCCCUCCCCCCUAUUUCAACAAAAGGGUUCAUCCCUGGGUUGCUAAGUUUUGGAAAAAGUGCCCUUCUAUUUUGUCUGUGGCCUCCAUCAGUUGUCAUGGGACUGUGUCUGAAUCUUUGUACACAAGCGGAUGACGAACUGAAAAUGAAAGAUUUUGGGAACUCUGUGUUGGAUGGUCGAAGACGGUCCAACCUCGAACAAACUCUUAUCCACUGGAGAAGCUUGUUGAAGUGGCUUACCUCCUCACACUCUGCAGUAUUCCAAAAUGGCUCACAGGAUUAACACAGGACUUUUGUCAGGU